CACCAAAACAAUAACGUUAUUCUCAGCAGAACAUCGAUCAAUCACAUUCAGAGAACUAAGUUCGGUUAAACUUGCACGAAAUAAUCUCCCCCUUAGUCACUCUUUAAUAACCAAGGUGUGUUUAGAACUGCUGCAUAGCGACGCGAUGGCAUCAGACUGGAUCGAAAGGUUAAAAUCCGCUCAGAAAACUUGUAUAACACAAGAUGGACGAAUUAAAGUCCACUACUCUUUCCAAGAUGGUUCUCAAAUGGCUGAAGAAUAUGAACAAAGCAGUAAAUUGUUACUUGUUCGUAAAUGGCGCCAUAAGCGUACACUAGGGGAUUUUGAUGUUUGGCAGUAUGAGGUUGGGGAAUCAAGUCUACCAAUUCCAGAAUUCAAGGAAUUAACUCUUCGAGAGAAUAUUAGUAAUCCAAUUUUUAUUCGAUUAGAUGUAAAAGAUUCAUUUCAAUGGAGAAUACGAAACCUGCCUUACCCUCCUGAUACUUACAGCAUUAGUUUGGAUGAAGAUAAACAAAAUGUCAUUGUCCGAACAUCAAAUAAAAAAUACUACAAGAAGUUCUCAAUAUCAGACAUGGUUCGCCUUGGGCUUACGCUGAAUAAAGAAGCAAUAACGUUUUCUCAUAUCAAUAAUACUUUAAUCAUAUCAGUUGCAUAUCUUUGA